GAGACACGCUCGCGACACUGGGGUGGGCCGGGUGGAGAGUCCCAGGCUCGCGGCGGCAGCGUCUCCUCUCAGGCUGCGGGCUCGCGACCCUCCGUGCGGAACCGGCGACCGCCCCAAGGGCUGGCUGACUGACGCGCCUCGCUGCCCCCGCCCCCGCCUCCGCCCCCGCCUCCGCCUCUGCCUCCGCCUCAUCUUAGCCUGAGCUGCCGGGCUCGCAGGCUGAGGCUCCGCUCUCUCCCUGCCCUUCGCUUUGGCCCUUUCUCUUCCCAGCACCUCGGCUGUUCGGCAGCGGCGGCGGUGGGAGUCAGCGGCGGGAGGAGGCGUCCCUGAGGAUGAAGUGCAAGCCGAACCAGACGCGGACCUACGACCCGGAGGGGUUCAAGAAGCGGGCGGCGUGCCUGUGCUUCCGGAGCGAGCGCGAGGACGAGGUGCUGUUAGUGAGUAGCAGCCGGUACCCAGACCGCUGGAUCGUGCCGGGCGGGGGCAUGGAGCCCGAGGAGGAACCGAGCGGUGCGGCGGUCCGAGAGGUGUACGAAGAGGCGGGAGUCAAGGGGAAGUUAGGCCGGCUCCUGGGCGUAUUCGAGCAGAACCAAGAUCGCAAGCACAGAACGUACGUGUAUGUACUGACUGUCACUGAGCUGCUGGAGGAUUGGGAAGAUUCGGUUAGCAUUGGGAGGAAGCGAGAGUGGUUCAAAAUCGAAGAUGCCAUCAAGGUUCUCCAGUGCCACAAGCCCGUGCAUGCCGAAUAUCUGGAAAAACUAAAGCUGGGCGGUUCCCCAACCAAUGGAAACUCCGUGGCCCCGACCCUGCCAGAUAGCGAUCCCUAGUGAAUGGCAUAGAUGUUGUUCAGAUUUACUUUGAAAGAAUCAAGUAUGUGAACCCAAUGAUGAAUGGAAUUGUGAAGCACAGGUGAGCUCUUUCACACUCCCAGGACUCAGCUCAUCCUAUGCUUUUGGACUUUUUCCCUGUUUGUUACAAUGACUAUUUUCCAGGUUGUUCCACUGGAUCUGUAUAGAAUUUGGCACCUGUGGCCUUUUUUUGUGCUUUAUGAUUUAUGUAUGUAUUUCCCACCAGAUUAUAUGACCUUGAUGCAAGGAACUUGUUUCCUUAGUCUUUUUAUAUAACUAACAUAUAUGACAUUGCUUAAAAUAUGGUAGACAUCACUGAAGAUUUGUUUUAAACAUUAAUAUUUUGUAAUGAUACUGAGUGGUAAGACAUUCCUCUUCUAAUCUAUCUAGCAUAUAUGUGCCUCUUGUAUAUCAGGUGUUACACAACUGUUUCAAGGCAGGUGUGAGACAUUAGAAAGCAAAAAUACUUACUCAUAUGUCUGUGUCAUCCCAAACAUUAUGUGCCUCAAGAUGGCAGUACACUAGACCACCUAUAAAAUAUAUUUGCUAAGCCAGGCACAGUAGUGCGUGCCUGUAGUCCCACCUACUAAAGAGGCUGAGGUAGGAUCACUUGAGCCCAGGAAUUGAGUCCACCAUGGGCAACAUAGUGAGACCCCAUCUGUGCAUAUGUGUGUGUGUGUGUGUGUGUGCACGCACACACACGUAUCUGUCAAAAUUAUGAACCUAAAUUUGAUCAUGCCUCUAGAAAUAGAAAUAAUUGCUAAUCUAUAGAAUAUACAGGACACAGAAACAAAUUACACCACAGAGUUGAGAUUAGUAGAAUCCAGACUGCAGGAAACUCUACAAAUGAUCCAGUUUCUUCAGCAAAUAAAUCGCAACGUUAAUAGCAAAAGAUGGAGGAUGAACCUACAGAUUAAAAGAGACUUAAGAGACAUAUUAACCAAUUGUAUGGAUCUUAUUUGGAUCCCGAUUUGAUCAAACUGUAAAAUGAAUACAUUUAUGAGACAAUCAGGGUAAUUUGAACGUUGACUGGAUAUUUGAUAAUAGUUGGGAUAAUGGUAUUGUGGUUAUGUUGGAAAUAAGUCCUCAUCUUCAUUCUCAAAUAUUUACAGUUGAAAUAUUAUGUCUGGAAUUUGAUGUGACAUGUGUUGGAG